AUGCAAAGAACUCGGAGUGUAUUCAAAUGUCCUCUAUUAGGUGAUGUUUGUGAGAUGAAAGAGAACGUUCUACCUUCUUACGAAGAUGUAAUGAAAUACUAUGAGUGGACGAGACAUCAACUGAAAUUACUAUUAGAAACUGCAAAAGAACCAAUUUUUGGUGAGAUAGCAGAUAUAGUAACGUCGAGGGCUGAAAAUAUAUGGCAAACUGCAUCUAUUCCAACAGUGACUCAAACAAGGAUCGUUCAAAUGUUGAAAGCAUAUCAUUUAAAGUGCAAAAAUCUACUCAAGUCUAUCAAGAGGUUCUCCCCGGACAAGUUGAAUAGUUUUCAGCAAAGCAGUAAGAUACUUUUUGAUAUUUCAGCAUGCAAGUGCAAAGAAUUCGCUCAAUGUAUCUGUCCUAAGGAUAAAAAGGUUCCUAAACCAGAGCAUCCUUUUUUGACCGAUCAAAGAACGACUCGGAUAAUGGUAAUCAGCGGAAUCGACGUUACUGCUACAAAAAAUUUGCAAAAGACUCUAAAAGGGAAACAUGAACGGGAGAAUCGCCAAAACACAUCCUUCAGCACUUCAACGUUAGCUGAUCUAAAUGUUAGUACUUCUUCAGCGACAUCAUCAGAGUCAGAAAAGCAAGAAUCUUCUAUGAUCUUAAACAUCAUUGAAAAGAAAAUAAAAAAAUCGACGCUUAAUUUUCCCACGUUAUCGAAGAUAUGUGAUAGGUAUGGAGUGUCUGAUAGAGCAGCAGCAGCAAUAGCAUCGUCUGUUUUGUUCGACAUUGGGUCUGAUGUAGAGAUCAUUGAUCGGCACAAGUUACGAAGAGAGAGAACUAAAACUAGAGAAAAAAUAAUGGAAAAUGCAGCAGUUACAGAGCUCUUGGCUUUAUACUUUGACGUGAGAAAAGACAAAACUUUGAAAAUUGACAAAAAAGGCGGUAAAUGCUACAGGACUAUGGUUGUUGAGGAAAGGAUUUCACUGAAUCAAGAGCCGGGAUCCAUUUACAUGGGAUACGUGGUACCUGAUGUUGGUACAGCAAAAGGGAUAGAAGCCGCGAUAACAGGGUUUCUGCUACAGAAAGAAGUUUCCCAAGAUAAAAUUAUGGCAAUUGGUUGUGAUGGUACGAAUGUGAAUACUGGAAAGUAUGUUGGAGUAAUAAGGCUGCUUGAGAAAAGGCUACAAAAACCACUCCAAUGGAUAAUUUGUUUACUCCACUUGAACGAACUGCCUUUGAGACAUAUGUUUCUUCAUCUCGAUGGUUGUACUUCAGGACUUAAUAUUGGUCCACAAGGAAAAUCACUGGAAACCUGUGAAAGCUGCCUGUUAAAAAAUUUGAACGCAUCGAAAGUCAAAUGCUACCAGAAAUGGCCAAAGAUCUGA